UGCCCACGUGUGAAUGCAGUUCUUCAGGCGUAGUCCAAUAAAUCUCAGAUGGUCUGAAGAAGCGGGGGGGGGUCGGCCUGGGGAAGAGGGAGUGGCAGACCAAGGUGAUCAGGCGCCGCCCUUGCCCAGAACAGGUGCGGACCUCACGGUGAAGAUGUGGCGACUCUUCCCCUACGUGGAGGAGUGCCUGCUGCUGCUCCUGUGCGUCUCCUGCACCUCCCCUGCGUGGCACAUGUGUUCCCUCGGAGAGACCCUGGCCGUGGCCUUCCAGGACCCCGAAACGGUCACUUACAGCAUCGUCUACUACAACCUGAUGGAGCAGACGCGCUCUGAGCACGGGCCCGAGGACGACGCCCAGGACGACAUCACAGGCCUCUGCUGCUGCCCGAACCUGAAGCUGUUUGCCUCAGCCAGCCGGGACGGCUCAGUGAAGAUCUGGGACAUGCGGAACAGGCUGCUCCGGCACCUGAAGCUGAACACCAUCCCAGAGAGCUUGGCCUUCGCCAACCACAAGGGGGACCUGCUGGUUGGCCUGGAGCAGCACCUGUACCUCAUCCCCCACAGCAAGUACCUGCCCAGCCACUACGAGAUGAAGCUGCUGUGCGCAAAGUUCCUGGAGCCCCUCAAGGACGUUUCCCUCCCCAUCAGCACAUCCAGCUUCGAGGCCCUGGUCAGAGAGAACCGCCGCCGGUUGAUGCAGGAGCUGCCUGUGAAGGAGGCCGAGUCCGGAACCUGGGCGGGAAGCACCCUGGGAGUGGGACUUUGGCAGAGGUUGCUAGCCUGGGCCCUCCCGACUUGGGGGGUGGCCCCACCUCUGUGGCUUCUGCAAGGAAAGAGCCCCUACUCCAGGGAAGGAGGGAGGAAGCGCACUGGUGGCCGCGAGGAGAAGAGGAGGUUCUGCUCCUGUUUCUGCAGGCCUCCUAUGUCUGGAGCCCGCCGGAUGGCCCUGAAGGAGUCCAGGGAGGUCAGGGAAGCCCAGGUCAAGCUAGAGGGCCUUUCCCAGCUGGCGAAGCAGAAUCGGGACUUGCAGCUGCUGCAGGAGGGGAAAAUUAGCCCGGCCAAGAAACUGCGCUUCACCAGGGAGAUGCGAGAGGAGGCCUUCGGGCGCUACCUGCAGAUUUUCUAUAGGGAGCGGCUCAGGUUGGAGAUCCCUGAAGAGGACCCCUUUGAUGCAGAUGAAGUGCUGGAAGCCCUGGGCCAGAUGGAUCCCGUCUCUGCGCUCUGCGGACCCAUAAUCUCCCAGAUGUUCCUGGGGGGCUGUACUAAGCCCUGGUUUCUUGAAACGGGCAGCUCGGUCUUUGCGGACGUCAGUCCCUCUCUGAUUCAGGCUUCCUCGCCUGCAAUUGCUGAUGUGCUGCAGGCGAAGAGGAAGAAGGUGAGGGUCACCACUCCCCCCUCCUCCUGCCAGCAAACGGCCCCCAGCCCCUGGGCCCAUCAGUGCCGAUGCUGCUCUGGGGCCCACCUUCGAGGCUUCCCUUCUGGACUGAAGCAUCUUGGAAGAGCAGCGCCCGAAUGGCAAAGGGUCUGCAGCUGUUCCGUGCGGGAUGGGUGUUCCGCUGCAGCACUUUGGGUAGCAGAGGGGCACUUGGGGUCUGCUUCUGCCCUGGGAAGACUGGGGAAGGACUGCAGGCCAGGACGGGAGGCUGGAAGCAGGCCUGGCCUUACUACAGACGGGCCUGCUCCGCGCUUGGGCACGGCUGAAAAGUCCAAAGUGAGUGUUGUGGUCUCCGUUGCCCCACGAACCUCCUCAUCCCCCAGCUCCUCAAGGGACUUUUCCAGGAGCAAGAAGAGCAUUGUCUUCAGGGAACCAGUUUCACCGCACCCGAGCCAGGAGCCCCAGAAGUCCCCGGCCUCCACCUCCAUUUUGAAGAGCUCCCAGUCAUCCGUCAUCAUCAAAGGCUUCUUUCCAGAGAGGCCGACCAGCCAACAGGGGCUGAGGUCACGUGCGGAGCUCCAGAGUCAGAGCUUGCUGCUGCCCAGAAUGUCCUCUGGCUUCAUCCCCAAUUCUGUGGUGGUCAAGCAGUUUCACACCCUGGACCUGCUGGAGAUGGAGGCAGCGGAGAAGCUCGUGAGGGUGAUAGGACUCCGGGAGGUAAGUGGAGGCAGGCGGGGGAGGGGGACCCUCCCCCAGGAGGGACAGGUGAGCCGGUCGCCUGUUGGCAGACUGUGCAGCCCAAGCCGAGGGGAGGCUGGGCUCCCAAUGCGGCAGAUGCCCUUGGAUGCCCAUGGCCCUUCCCCAGGGAGCACUCUCGACUGGUGCCCAGCUGCCCCUUUUCAGGUAUUGGCUGGUUUGGGCAGCGAAUCCCCCACCUGCGAGGACAAAAUGGGGAAAGGUCAUGAGCAGUGCUGGAGUACAGAAGGCUGUGUGCGCACAGGGGGUGAUUUUAGGGGUGCGCAUGGUGCCAGAUGGCCUGAGCGCCCGGCUUCAGUCAAAGCAAUUUUAGCCUUCCUGCGAUUUCCGGUCUGGCGUGCCAGGUGCGGCCGGCAGCGGGUGGCCUGGAAGAGAGGGCGGCUUUGCCGAUUCCUUUUCUGCCUGCGGGAUCAGAGCAGUGGCUCAGUCCUGGGGCCAGGAGGGGGUGCUCUGGCGGUGGGCUCUGAGGCUGGGCAGGGGCCUUCCCCUUCCUCUGUUUGCCAGGAGUCAGAGGGCUCCUCGAGGGCCAGUUUAAUGUGGACGUUUGCUGGGGAUGAACUGCUUGAGGAAGAACCGUUUCCGGUGGUGGCCGUGGAGAGCACCUCCAAGUCCAGGAUGCCCGUGGAGAGCACCUCCAAGUCCAGGAUGCCCGUGGAGAGCACCUCCAAGUCCAGGAUGCCCGUGGAGAGCACCUCCAAGUCCAGGAUCGCGCUAAUGAGCAAGGAGGAAGUCCCCUCCACAAAGCAGAGUACGUCUGGGGGGGUUUUCCUGACUCAGCUGGACGAGUCCCAGUAUCCAGAACCAGCGGGGGAGGUGCCAGAAGUUGUUUUGCCCUUUGUGGACCAGGAGUGGUUCAAGAAGCUUUUCCCGGAGGGCUUCCCCCCCGGCAUGAGCUUGAAAGACUUCUUGAAGAGGCUUCAGGAAAGCCUGCACACCUCCAGCUUCAACACCAAGACCGAACUGGUGGGCAUCAUCACACUCCUGCAAGGUCAGCUGGAGGGCAAGAUAAGGAGCAGGAUCCAGAACACCCUGAUUGAGGUGCUGAAUAAGGAGGGCCACGUCCCCUCUUUGCAGGAGAAGAGCCAGAAGCAGUUCAUUCUGGCAACCCUGCGCGUUCUCCUGAAACUGGACAGAGACAGCAAGGAACUGAUGGUGGAGCUGAUGACUUACUACAUGAUGGCUCCUGCCCACCUCCGGGCAGUUAUUAAGGAUAUGAUAAAGGAGAUAGGGCUCUAUGACCCUCACAACUAUUUCUUCAAGGAGAUGAGUUCCUGGCCGGUGGGUAUGGGAAACCGUAAAGAGGACGUGCGGAAAUUCAGCAGCCAAUGGUUGGAGGACGUUAUAAGGAUUUUCCAGGAACACAAGGCUCACCUGCAGGAGCGAGAGGCCUUGCUGGGGAAGAAGCGUUCCUUGGAGAGCAGCCGCAAGGAACGGAAGAGCCAGAAGCCGCUGGGGAAGAGCCGCAAAGAAGCCAGGAAGCGCGCUGGGGGCGCUGUGAGGCCGGCCAAGGCGGCUCCUAGGGGAAGGGUGGCCUCUCCCUUGAGACAGAGACACGCGACACACUCCCUCACCCUGCAUGUCCUGGACCUCAGGGUCUGCUUGUGUGACUUAAACCUUUCCCUGCCUGCAAAGAGGAUCACGAUUCCUGUUCCUCCGUUGCUGGCAGCAGCCGACCACCCACAUGAGGCUUGGCGGCUCCCUGGCUCCAGCAACUGCAAACUAGAUGUCAUUCUGCGUGAUUGGGGUUUGCCUGCUAGCAGUCCGGCCACCGCAUUCUGUAACGGCCAACGCUUCUGGAUCAUCUCCAAGCUCUCAGAUGAUGUGUUGGGACAGCCAGUUCCCAGAAUUCCCCAGAGAGAUGGAGAAGGCUGGCUUACAGGCAUACAGGGAGUUCAUGACUUACAAUGGCAAUUGGAACUGGCAUUUCUGUCGGAAGAGAUGGACAGGGAGGAAGGGGAACUGCUUGAGGAGCAGUUGGAGAGGAAGCACAGCUUGGAAGACCACCAGAAGGCCGAAGAAUGGGCCCGUCCCUGGCAGCAGCCCGUUCGCCCCAUUGACGCCAUCCAAUAUUUUAUGGAAAUGCAGCUGGAGAAAGAACUGGAGAAGAUGAAAGAGCUGGUCCCUUCUGGAGUGGAGUCUCCCCAGGACACUGUCUUGGCAUUGCCCCCUCUUCAGAAGGCCCAAGCAAUCCUACGACUGGGAGAAACCAAUGCAAUGCUGAGAAUGAGAAUUCCUGAUCGCUUCUACUUUCCGUACGUCUUCCCGCGUUACCUCAUGAAAGGCUUUGCCCCCUUCAUGAAGCUUCCUCUGCCCAAAAUCACCUUGCGACCCUUCCCGUCCCCUUCGAAGAGGCCGGCAUCGCCAAAGACUUUCACGGCCGCGCAGCAGCUGGUACAGAAAUACUUCAUCCCGAAGCUUUCCUACGCUGACAGCUACCCUUGACGAUGCGGCUGGCUGGCUGGCGUGCGAAGCUCCAGGAGGGAGCCAGCGGGCUUCCCGGGGCCCGUUGCGGGAGAGCCGCGCGACGCCGGCCUGGCAGGGCUUCAAGCAGCGCCGACUGGGUGUGGUGGUCGAGGGGGCUCCAGAGGCUUCCGGGCAGCGGGGGAAGGGCCCCAAUAAAGCGGACACAGCACCAGGCGGUCUCACGCGGCUUCUGUUCCGCCGGCCGGCUGCGGCCGCGUUCUCACACCCCAAGCGCCGCGGGGGGCGCCGGGCUCGCCCUCGCCCUUCUGCUCCCGCAGGCGGCGGCAGCGCUGCUCA